UUGUCUCUCGCGGUUGUCUUUCUGUUCUGCUCUUUUUCGGGUGUCUUCGCGCCGCUCUCGAACGGCACGCGACGAGUCUCUUCCCCAGCCGACCGCGCGGUGCCAGCCAGGACCGUCUCUCUCGCGGCGGGCGCGCUAGCGCAGCUGCGGCGCCGCGCGGCAUUGCGAGUCCGCAGGAAUCCGACGCAGAGAGACGGGAUUCUGCAGACACCAGGCCGUUCGGGGACUUAUGUGAUUUCUCGCCUCAAGUUUCUCGGUCCAAAGAGCGACUCGUGUAUGAGCCAACCUGCGCCGGCGAAAAGGCUUCUUUCGGCGUCUCCGCAGGUCCCGGUCGCGGUUCCCUUAAAGGCGGCACCAGCUCUGGGGGAGGGUCGCGCUCCAGUGUUGUACCGACACCCGGCCAGGUUUCUGCAUGCGCGGCGAGCGCGGCGGAUUUCUCGCGUUUCCGUUUUUUUUACAUUUCUCAGCGGAGUCUCGCGGGUGUCUAGCAGAGAGCCACACGUUGGGUUGCUGGCUCGCGACGCUCGCGACCAGACGGCGAAGGCGACGCCACCUGGAGAGCCGUGCAGAGUCCUCCGGACUUCGAGAAGGCGGCCUGGCUUUCGAGAGAGAGAAUCCAGAAAAAAAUGCAGAAUGCACGCGCCGGAUGGGUCUGACCCCUCGCGGGCAGGCCGCAGAGCACGGCUGAAACGCAGUCGGAGACGCGGCAGCGCCCUCCAACGCUGGCUGGCAGAGGAGACAGAGACAGGGAGAAGCAGAGCAAGCAGUCGGCAGCGGAGGGUGAACCGUAAGAGCGAAAACGGCGGGAGAGCAGCCUGAGAGACCAGGAACCGUCGUCUCUCCGGUCGCUGCUUCCCCGUCACCUUUCCCGGUAGUGUAUCUCUCGCCAGACAAAGGAAGAAACGGAUCAGAGAGAGAGCGACAGAGAGACGGAUACUCGUGGUUGCAUCCGUCUUGUGAUGGUUUUGGUCCGUUCAUGCAUGUCCGCUGUGUCUCGACUUGCGAAGUUAUUUGUGCCGUCCUCACGGCUCCGAUGCGCUCUCCUGAAGUGAGUUCCCUUCCUUCUGCCUGCCUGGGUGUGCGUCGCGGAUAGCACGGACUACAUUUUCUUUUUUCCUCCUCUCUCCGUUCCGACCUCCGCCGAGACGCCUGUGGCCGACAGAGGCGCGGCGUUUCUCUGCUGUCUGUUUUUCUCUCGUG